AUGGAAACCGCGGGGCUGUGUUUCUUUCCUAUUUCCCCGCGUGCCCGGCCGCCUCCUCAGCCCUCGCACGUUUCUUCCCAGCACUCGAGGCCGCCGGGUGGCGCUUCUUCCCCCCUCAACCCCCGCGACUGCGGGACCCGCCAGAAGCACCGGGCAAGGGCUCCGCGGGCGGCGUCCAGCCCGGCCCGCUCGCUCCGGAGUUGUUUACCGGCCCCACCGACCGACCGGCGUCCCGCCGGGCGGAGGAGGGACAGAGCCGGCCUGCGCGCCCCCUCGACCCCGCGCCCCGGACGUGCUCGGCAGGUGCCGGGUGUGGGGGGAACAGCAGCCAGCCGCGACCCGGGCCGGAAGCCCGACGCGAGGCGUGCGCUGCCCUCCUCCGCCGCCUGCGCUCAGCCCUCGGGUUCCUCGCCCGCGCCCUGCCCAGAGCGGCCGCCCAGUCACCUGCACUACCUUUUCCGACCGGGAGGCGACGGGCCAGGUUUGCCGUCCCGGGCCCGACAUCCGGGCCCUACCCGCUCACAUGGAGGCAGUCGCCUAUGCGAGGAGGGGCUAGCCAGGUAUUUUCGGCUUGGGGAUUUUAGAUUUUACGAAAAGAGGAAAAUGAAAGUCCUCAGAAUUAGGGAAGCGCGACGGACAAACUCCUUCGGCCAGUUUGGGCGCACCUCGAGGCAGUCCACAGGACCCCACCGCCUGUUCUCUGUACCUUCAUCCCAAUAAGGAAACAGAAAGGAGACCCAAGGCAAGUUUGAAUGUUUUCCAAAGCUCCUUGGAGUUUGAGAUCUUUGAAACGCAAUUCACAGGAUUACUCUCUCAGAAACCCACCUGGCUCCAGAGAAGAGAGCAGCCUCUGUUGUGAGCCCUUCAGAGCUCCAGUGCCUGGGUUCAAAUCCUGCCUCUCCUGUUUACCAGCUCUGUAACAAUGGGCAAGGUACUUAGCCUCUGCGCCUCAGUCUCCCGCUCUGUAAAACGAAUAACAGUGACUCUCUUGAGUCAUUGCCUACAACAAUGGCUGGCUACAAGAAGAGAAGGCAUUUGAAGAAAGCCUGAAGCUUUCAUAGAAAAUAGCUCAGAGACAUGCACAGCACUGCUCUCUGCACAAGCCAGAAGCCCCAGGUCUGUGCUUUUUCCCAGCAGGAUGCGGGUCACGGAGACCACCAAGCUGUGGAAGCACAGGCCGAGUCCAGAGCAGGAGUCGGUUCAGUGUCUUCAGAGAGGGCAGCUCCUCUCACAGGGAGCUUACCCAGUGCAGCCCACCUGUGCCCACUCUGGGUUUUGUGCAGGACAAGCAGAGCACAUCACUCACAUCGAAGCUGGGCUUGUUAAACUCAUCAGCCAGAGGCUGAAAGGCAGGCUGGCAGCCCUCUGGAGGACAGGCCCACGUGGGCAAGCCUGGGGAGAGCCAGCCUUGCGGAGGCCAGGCCUGCACAGAGGGUGUGAGGAAC